GCAGGGCUUGCUCUGAAUACGGGUGGGAAAAGAGAAAAAAACAGUCUGUUCUCCCUGCAUUCCGCGAGCAGCGUUAAAGCAGGGCUUUGCGGAGUGGAGAGGACCGCGAUGCCUCGGUGCCUUUUCUUUUUGUCGCCUCUAUCAGUUUGGAAACAUAACGGGAAUGUGUCCGAGUAGGAGUUACGUCUGAACACACUGCGUGUGUGUGUAUGUGAGAAAGCGUGUGUUGUGACUCAGCGGUAGUUCCGUGAAGCCAUGGCCGCUCAGCACGAGUCUUUGAGCGGCUAUAUGCAGCACUCGGACCCGGGCUCCAACAGCAGCGAGCGCAGCGCGGACUCUCCCCCGCCCGGCUCCGAGGACUCCGGGGGAGCUCCAGCACCAGCCGACCCCGAGUGGACGGAGGAGAGGUUCAGAGUGGACCGCAAAAAACUGGAGGUCAUGUUACUAGCUGCUGCCGAGGGGAGGGUGAAUGGAGGCGAGGAUUUCUUUCAGAAGGUCAUGGAAGAGACCAGUACUCAAAUUGCAUGGCCUUCAAAGUUGAAGAUAGGUGCCAAGUCUAAGAAAGAUCCACAUAUCAAAGUGAGUGGGAAAAGGGACAACGUGAAGGAAGCCAAGGAGAAGAUCAUGUCUGUUCUUGAUACUAAGAGUAAUCGUGUGACUUUGAAGAUGGACGUCUCACAUACUGAGCAUUCCCACGUCAUCGGGAAAGGGGGAAACAACAUCAAGAAAGUGAUGGAGGACACAGGCUGCCAUAUCCACUUCCCUGACUCCAACCGCAACAAUCAAGCCGAGAAGAGCAACCAGGUGUCCAUUGCAGGCCAGCCAGGAGGAGUGGAGGCGGCCCGGGCCAGAAUCAGGGAGCUGCUUCCGCUGGUGUUAAUGUUCGAGCUGCCAGUCAUAGUGCAGCUGAACCCGGACCCCAGCUCACCGGCCAUCCAGCAUAUCUCCCAAACCUACAACAUCUCUGUGGCCUUCAAGCAGCGUUCCAGGCUCUAUGGUGCUACAGGGGUCGUGAGAGGAUCACAGAACAAUGCAGCAGCUGUGAAACGAGGCACGGCCGUGUUGCUGGAGCAUUUAGCCGGGAGCCUGGCUAGUGCCAUCACUGUGAGCACGCAGCUGGACAUCGCGCCGCAGCAUCACCUCUCCAUGAUGGGCCGCAACGGCAGCAACAUCAAGCACAUCAUGCAGCGCACUGGCGCUCAGGUGCAUUUCCCUGACCCAAACUGCCCCCAGAAAAAGUCCACUGUCUAUAUCCAGGGCUCCAUCGACUCAGUCUGCCUCGCCCGCCAGUACCUCAUGGGCUGUCUGCCGCUGGUGCUGAUGUUCGAUAUCAAAGAGGACGUGGCAGUAGAUCCACAGUGUAUCACAUCUCUCAUGGAGCAGCUGGACGUGUUUAUCAGCGUCAAACCCAAGCCCAAACAGCCUAGCAAGUCUGUGAUAGUAAAGAGUGUGGAAAGGAAUGCUCUGAACAUGUAUGAAGCCAGACGGUAUCUCUUAGGUUUGGACAGCAGUGGGGUGUCUGUUUCCACCUCCUCCAGCAGCAGUAGCAGCAGUAGCAGCCCUUCGGCUGCCCCCACACCAGUCAGCUGCCCCGUGGGGCUUGAUAUCCUUACUUCAGCCGGCCUGGGCCUCACUAGCCUGGGUCUUUUGGGGCCCACAGCUGCCUCUCUGAGUGCUCCGUCCACCCCCAACUCUCUUCUGAAUGCCCUCAACAGCUCCAUCAGUCCCCUACACGCUCCUUCUUCUGGAACCCCCAGCCCUACGCUUUGGUCAAACUCACUGGCCAGUCCAACCAGCACACCAGGUUUUUCAUCACCAUUGAUGAUCCAUCCAGCCACCCAGGCCACAUUAACCAACAUCCUGUUGUCUGGGGUCCAGAGUUACACCCACAAUACACCAUCUCCUCCCCCAGGCCUUGCCCCCAUUGACCCGCAGGUGAAUGGGGUCCCAGACUGCAGCAAGACUGUGUCUUCCCUCAAUGGCAAGCAUCCCAGCUCCAUGUACAGCAGAAUGUCUACCGUCUCUUUGGCCGAGAAGGUUCUGAACGCGGCUCAUGGUGAUGCCGUCCAGGAGGCCAGCGCCCACUGUCCAUCCGAACCGCUGUCCAGCAAGUCCAGCCAGGAUCAAGGCUCUGAUACGUUUGUGGAGGUGGGGAUGCCGCGUAGCCCCUCUCACUCUGGGAAUAGCAGUGAACUGAAGCAGAUGCUGGCCUCCUGCAAAACAGCCUCAGGCAAGAGGCAGGCUGUGGAGUUACUACAGGGCACGAAAAACUCUCAUCUACACUCAGAUUGCUUACUCUCAGACUCUGACUCCAGUGCAUCUGAGAGUCCUGUAGCUGAUAAGCGAGCUCCGGGCAGCGAAAGAGCGGCCGAGCGAGCGGCCCAGCAGAACUCGGAGCGAAUCCGUCUCCCUCCACAGUCCACCUUCUCCAACAUGCAGGCCUUCGACUAUGAGCAGAAGAAGUUGCUGGCAACCAAAGCCAUGCUGAAGAAGCCAGUGGUGACAGAAGUGCGCACUCCUACAAACACGUGGAGCGGCCUGGGCUUCUCCAAGUCCAUGCCUGCAGAAACCAUUAAGGAGCUGCGGAGGGCUAAUCACGUGUCCUACAAACCCACCAUGUCUACUACCUACGAGGGGUCACCGCUGUCACUCUCCCGCUCCAACAGCAGAGAGGGUGUGGGGAAUGGCAGCGACUCAGACAACUGGAGAGAGCGGAACGGGAGCGGGCUCCCGGCACACAGCGACUUCCCAACACCCAUCAGCCCCAAGAGGAAGCAGAACAAGACAGUGGAGCAUUACUUGAGCAGCAGCAACUACAUGGACUGCAUCUCCUCAGUGACGGGGAGUAACGGCUGUAACCUCAGCACCUCCCUGAAAGGCUCAGACCUGCCGGAGCUCUUCAGCAAGCUGGGCCUGGGGAAGUACACUGAUGUCUUCCAGCAACAGGAGAUUGACCUGCAGACAUUCCUUACCCUCACCGAUCAGGACCUGAAGGAGCUGGGCAUCACCACGUUUGGAGCACGUCGAAAAAUGCUGCUGGCCAUCUCAGACCUGAACAAGAACCGGAGAAAGCUCUUUGAGCCACCUAACAUCCGCUCCUCGUUUCUGGAGGGAGGAGCCAGCGGGCGCCUGCCGCGUCAGUUCCACACGGACAUCGCCAGCGUGAGCGGCCGCUGGUAAAGUCCGCGGCCACCUGCCCACUCAUUGCUGACGCGCGGACAGCCUUAACUGCACAAAGCCAUUCCCUACACCCUUGCCUUACAAACAGUACUGGACCAAACCCUUGCUCUCUGAAUCAGUGCCAAAAAAACAAAAAUGAGAAUGUCUUACGGAAUUAAAGGGUAAGUUCAGCGGACUCUUGUAAAUGUUGAUUAUUAUGUACGAUUUGGUACUCUAUGCAGUAUGGUACUCAUAUGAAAAUGAAGGUAAUAUUGAAGGAUCUAUAGAGCUCCUGCACUGUCAUAUAACGAGCUGUCGGAGUACGUGGUUCAAAGUUUAGAUUUUUAUUUAUAUCCUCGUUUUAGGCUUAUGUCAUACUAAUUCUUUGCACUUUAAGAAUACUAAAUUCUUUGCCCGAAGGCCGAUUCCUCUCUGGCCUACCCUAUAAAUGUGCAUGGAGCAUGUAUAGCACUUACAUGGAUAAUCAUGAAGAUAAGGUUUCAAAAAAGACUGCAUCACAACUCAGCCUUUUGCCACGAUGCAUUGGAACACCCACACCUACUAUGAUUGUUUAUUUAGCAGUUUCCUGUUCCUCUUACACAGUGUGCUGCAGUUAGUAGCUGUGCCUAUUUUGGACGUACUUUAUAGUGGCUUGCUCACUGGUGCAUCACUGAUGUCCUCUGACACAAACUCGGAGACUCAGUUUCAGACUCUAUGCUUCUGGCCAACAAACCACGAGCUUAAAAACAAACAGACUCGGGCGCUUCACUCACUCCCCACGUGAGGUACAGCUCAGUGUAGCCUGGGCAAAUCGCCUGACCAAACUCUGAGCAUUACUAAUGCACGGCUUAGUCUGCGGUCCAGCUGUUUUUGUCUUAACUACCUCCUUGUCUGCCUUUCACCACUUUCUUUGAGCUAUGCAACUUUGGAAUAACCUGAAGGCCUUACCUGAAAUUUUAGAAUUCUGUCAGUGUCGUAAUUAUUACUAAUAAUCAGUCUUCACUAAACAUAAACACUACGCCAUCCUAAAGUGCAAAAGUUGGAGGCCAAGCUUCAUUUAUUUAAUUUCAAGUAAAAAUGGCCCUUAUAUACAAAAUAUUCGUAUUUCAGAAAGAUAUUGCUGAGGAGAUCAGAUACAAGAGAAUCCACUUGUAUAGGGAGGGGAAAGUGAAAGGAAAAUGCCACCAUGUAAUAAACAGCAGUUAAGUCUUUGAUCUUUGAGAGGAGGAAAUCAAGCUCCACUCUUGCUUCAGAUCUGAAAAAAUCCAUACAGUUUCUGUCUGUGGGAAGACCACUUAUACAGUGAGCCUGAAAGCAUGUAUAACUUUCAAGAAGCUGUUUCUGAGAACAGCCAGAACAGUGCACCCCAUAGCCCAGACCAUCAUUGAAUGUGUUUGGAUACGUGGAUCAUGAGAAGCACAAAAAAAACAACUUCUAAGACUGAACUUUGGAGAUGUAGAAAAAUAUCCCAGAUUUCUUUGAAAAAGUAAAAACAAGUCUCCCUAAAAGAAUGCAAGCUGUAAUAAAGUUAAAUUGUGGACAAAGUAAAUACUGAAAACAGAAAUUAUAUUUAGUUGUUGAGGCUUUGGUGUAAUUUUGCAUUAAAUAUGUUUUCUACUUUUGUCCUGAUGCUGGAAAUGAAUAACUGGAAAUUCAGUAAAUCAAGGGUGGUCUCUGACUUUUGCACAGUACUGCAUUUUCUUAUGUGUCCUUUAUCAGCUGAAGCAAGUAGGUUUUUCAUAUGAGAUUUGAGAAGCAAUUGUCCAAGUUGUGUUACACUAUACACAUCUAAAGCUGUGAAUGUUGCCAGUCAUUCUCUCGAGGUUGAAACCACCAAGUGCCUUUCCAUGCACUGUCAACUUUCCAGAAAAAAAAAACAAAAAUGCAACUAAAGAAUUGAAUCUUGUCUUGCGAAGGUACAGUGUUUUGACAUAGAUGUAGCUAAACCACUCAUGGAGUAAUCUCGCAAUGCAUCGCUUAAUCUUACAUGUAUAGUAUUCUUGUAUUUGCAUUUAAUUGUUGUAUAUGACCUCGUAUGUGAUAGAGGUACUGUUGAGUUAUGUAUUGUGCAUAUUGCAGUUUUAUAGUCUUUUAUAUUUUUGUGUACUAGUUUGUCAUGGUAACUUCCAGACAGCAGCAAAUGAUCAGUUAGUAGUAGUUCAUAGUAUUUUUUUUGUUUUGUUUUGUUUUGUUUUUUGAUAUCAAAUUUGGACUCAUGUACAAGUGAAAGGGGGGGGGGAUCUCCCUGUAUUGUGCAGUUCUCCAGUCAGUAUUAACUGAAAAAUCAAAUCAACCGACUAUGCAAAGAGAUCACUUUGCCAUAUAGUAUAUGUUUUCUACUUAAAGCACAUAAGCGCCAGAGUCGUGUUCCAAUCAAGUUCACGGGCUGCCUGAUUCCAGUAUAUUGCAGUCUUGAUAUACCUUCGAUUCUUAGAUUAGUGCUUUGGAUGCAUCAAGUGCUUUUUUAUCUGUAUGAUUUGUGAGAGACCAAACUGUAAUUCAAUUGUCGAAUUGUUUCUUUCUCUCCCUAAGGAGAACAUAAGGAAAGGGUGGAAAAGAAGUCUUGUUAUUUUGGACAUGGCCUUGUGACCAGGGCCAGCACUUUUUUUUUUUUAAAUAUAUAUUUUGGGCCAAAGUCAAAUGAACAACUGCUCCACAAUGAUCAUGUACAUUAGCGUACAGGACAGCCAUGUUGGAGCGUUAUUGUUGCUAAGAAGGGAAUAUGCAAAAGCACUAAUCAGUAUUCUUCUGCCAAAUGUUUUGUUCUCCCUGUCGUACAUGUCAAUAAAGUUGCUUAGUUGGCCAGUGCCUUGGGAAUGACUCUUUUGAAAUCUGUGCCUUCGACACAGAUCAGUUACUCCUUGCUAAUGUUCUUUGUUGUUACAAUAUAAAUUUGUAUUACCAUGGACAUGUGGUACUGUUGAAUGUUCUUUACAAGUUGGAGGCCUUGUUACAAAAGAAUAAAAUGUAUGUAAACCUUU